UCGCGCUACGGCAUUCCAAGCUCGGCACGCACGAGGGGCAGAUCGGCAGACGUCACGGUUCUAUCGGAUCUCGUAAGGAUUGAGGGUGUUUCACCGUGUCCCGAUUGUCCCCGAGGGCAAUGGCCGUUCGUACCGUUCGCUAGACAAAGGGUCACGUUACACGCCAAAGGACGGAGAAAGGAAAGUGACGAAUUUCACAUUCCGCAGCGAAUGGAGUGCCGAGUUUCGUGAUCGAAGUCCUUCCGCUGUCGGUGUCGCGAUCCCGUCUAACUUUGCGGUUUAGGGUGUGCCAACUGAAUCCAAUUAGUGCGCCGUGCUGGUCGUGGUCCGCUCUCCGACAGUGGGGCGUGACAAGAGAACGAACGGUUGCGCGGAAGUUUCUUCGUUUGCUACGUUUCGGUGCACACCUUCAGUUCCAGCUGCCGCCAGAUGCCUACGAUGGAGCACCACGGGACUACCGAUUUUCAUCGCAGCUCCAAUUCGCUCGAUUCGGACUCCAAGUCCAGUUCGCUCAACUCGAAGCACGGCAUGGACACGAUCGUCGCCAACGAGUCCGGCUUCACGUAUCUGUCCGGUGAGAACAUGCAGGACCGGAAGAACGACGUUUCGUACAUCUGCCCAUUCAGUGGGCCAGCGAUCGGUACGCUCACGAUCACCAACUAUCGGUUGCACUUCCGCUCGCAACCGGCCACCGACAAGGAUCCGGUCAUAGUCGUGGAUUGUCCGCUCGGUGCCGUUAGUCGCAUCGAGAAGGUCGGUGGUGUUAGUUCGCGCGGUGAAAAUUCGUACGGUAUCGACAUCUUCUGUAAGGAUAUGCGCAAUCUGCGGUUUGCGCACAAACAGGAGAACCACUCGCGUCGUACGGUGUUCGAGAAGCUGCAGCUCUAUGCCUUCCCGAGGGCCAACGAAGGCCAUCUGUUUGCGUUCAACUACCGGGAAAAGUUCACCGAAGACGGGUGGAGCGUGUACGAACCGGUGGCCGAGUUGCGGCGGAUGGGAGUGAACAGUGCGAACAACGAUACGUGGCGCAUAACGCGGAUCAACGAGGGGUACGAAAUCUGCGACAGCUAUCCGUCGGUCUGGGCCGUACCGAAAACGGCAAAGGAUGAUCUGUUGAAGCAAGUGGCGGCUUUUCGGUCACGCAAUCGGUUACCGGUGCUGUGCUGGAUACAUCCGAAGUCGCUGGCGACGAUCACCCGAUGCUCGCAGCCCCUGGUCGGGGUCGGUGGCAAGCGCAGUGAGGCGGACGAAACGUACAUCAAUCUCAUUAUGGAAGCGAACGCCCAGUCGGACAAGCUGUCGAUCAUCGAUGCGCGCCCGAGCGCCAAUGCGAUCGCCAACAAGGCGAAAGGCGGUGGCUACGAGUCGGAGGACGCGUACAAGAACGUCGAGCUCACGUUUCUCGACAUCCACAACAUCCACGUGAUGCGGGAGAGCUUGCGCAAGCUGAAGGAAAUCUGCUUCCCGGCCAACGACGAUCACAAGUGGCUGUCAGCGGUCGAGAGCACACUCUGGUUGAAGCACAUCAAAUGCAUCUUGGGCGGUGCGGUGCGGAUUGUCGACCGGAUCGAAAACAUGCGCAUGUCGGUGGUGGUCCACUGUUCCGACGGAUGGGAUCGUACAUCGCAGCUGACGGCCCUUUCGAUGCUGCUGCUCGAUCCUUACUAUCGCACACUGAAAGGCUUCGAGGUGCUGAUCGAGAAGGAAUGGCUCAGCUUUGGUCACAAAUUCGAGCAGCGUAUCGGUCACGGUGAUAACCACCAUUCGGACGCGGAUCGUUCGCCCGUGUUUUUACAGUUUAUCGACUGCGUGUGGCAAAUAUCGAAGCAGUUCCCGCACGCCCUCGAGUUUAACGAGUAUUUCCUCAUUACCAUUCUGGACCAUCUGUAUUCGUGUCGGUUCGGGACGUUCCUGUUCAAUACCGAGCGGGAGCGAGUUGCGAACGAUCUCAAGAACCGUACCGUUUCGCUGUGGUCAUUCAUCAACUCGUCGCACGAAGAGUACCGCAAUCCACUGUACGGUGGGCUCAGCAACUAUCUCAGCUCGAUGCCGGUCCAAACGGUACUGCGGCCGGUGGUCAGCAUGCGGCACAUACGGCUCUGGAAGGGUCUGUACUGCCGCUGGAAUCCCAGCAUGCGGCAGCAAGAUCCGAUCUACCAGCGAACGCGUGAACUGCUGGCCCUGCAGGCGGAACUCAGCAAGCAGCUGGAAGACUGCCGGACGGAACGUGUCCUUAACUAGCGUGUUUGCAGCGUUGGCGUGAGGGACGCUCAUGUUGGUUUACGGUACGGUAUUGCAACCCCCGACAGAGGGCUCCGAGACCGUGACCGAGCGUCCGAUUGUUGCUUGCUCGAUAGAAGCGAAUAUCAUUUCCGUUACGAUAAUCAACUAACCACUGAAGGAACUAUCCUGUAAGCUUAUUAAGCAUCGAAGAAAAAAAAUAACGUUGUAAUUGUUUAGUUGUACUC